UGAGUGAGCUCACUUGAAUUACAGAAUCGACCCGCAUGAUUGAAAUUCGUGUUUUUAGAAAAAAAAUCUCAUGUGCACCAACGUAAUAAUUCAACAACUAAAGAAAAAUGGUCGGUUGUUACAGUCGGUGAGAAAGGGAACGCAAUUACAUUAUCGAUAGUUCCCGUUUGGUCUUUAUCGUUUUCAUGGAAUUCUGUAAAACACCGAAUAUUUUCGUAUUCGUGGUGUGACUGAAAAUACAAAAUGCACAUUUAACGUGGUGUGACUUUGUUCGAAGUGAUCAAAAGAUUCCUCUGAAAUGAUCAACAGAUCCAGCAAGUAUAUCUGGAUUGUAGACGUACGAUCCUAGUAAUUGUCUGUGAGAUAAUGAGAUAUUUUAAUCGUUCAUCCACCUUUGUCAUUGUCACAACAUUUUUUGCUGAACUUUAGAAGUAAAUAACGUUGCCGACGUUAUGUAACGAAUGACAGCUAUCAAAUUCUUUUCAACACGACUAUAAAUUGUAAAGGAAUCUCAACAGAACUAAUAGAUCUGUGUAAUUUAAUUAAAAAUAUAUCGUAAUUUUGUUUCUAAGUACGUAUACAAUUUAUAACAUACUUGACAGGCAUAAGUGAAACUGCCUAAAAUAAAAAACAUCUGCUUUUAAUUCUUUCAAAACUACAGUUAGAGUUCUAUAAAAUAAUGUUACAGUUAUACAUAUGUGCAUAGAAUUUAGAAAUGGCAACAGGAGGUAGUAGUUUCAUAAGUAAACCAGCCAGAGGAUGGUUACACCCCGAUCAGUUAGUGAGCAAAGAAGGAAUUACUUAUACCGUUAAGUACAUAGGAUGCCUCGAAGUUUAUACGUCUAUGAAAAGCUUAGAUUUUGAAACAAGAUCAUGUGUUGCCAAAGAAUGUAUAAACAGAGUUUGCGAAGCAGCUGGAUUAAAAUCUGCAGAUAAAAAAAGACGGGUGAACAGACAAGUGCUUAGGGCAAUAGCAGACAAGCCACGCAUGGAGCAUACAGGUGCUACUAUAAAUUUGACUAUCAGCAGUUGCAGUUUAGCCUUGACUAAUAUAGAAAAUGGACACAUCAUUGCCAAACAUGAAAUGCCACAUAUAUCUUUUGCUUCUGGUGGAGAUACGGAAAUACUGGAUUUUGUUGCAUAUGUUGCAAAAAAUAUGCAAGAGUGGCGCGCGUGUUAUGUAUUGGAAUGUGGAGGAGGAUUGGCACAAGAUGUUAUAUCUACUAUUGGACAAGCUUUUGAACUACGAUUUAAAGAAUUCCUCACCAAACCAACUUCGUUGCAUCCCAUGUUAAAUGGUAUGCGAGAAGCAGAUAGAGAUUAUUAUAAUGACCUCCCUGGUAAAGUACCGCCAGAUAUUGGCCCUCCACCGGUGCCACCUUUGCCAACUGCAUCGACUCUACCCAAUUUGAAGCAUCAUCAUUCUGGGCAAAAUCAUAUAUCACGAAGCAACGCACAAAAUUCCAUUUUACACGAUUCAUUCUCUUCUAAUUCUGAUAGGCAUCAUCAACAAUGGGCAGAGAGUGGUAAUUUAAUUGACUUAAAUUCCGAUGGAACAUCUUCUACAAAUUUCAAUAUACCUCCAGAACAUAAUUAUGUAAACGAUAGUGUUAUAGCAGCAAGCAGAGACAGCCAUCGCGAUCAAACAUCGCUUUUCGAUGUGUUUGACAUGCAGUCAUUUAGUUCUGCAAUAUCGGAUAUGAAUAGAUUAAGUCCACAUUCUCAAAAACAACAAUUAAAACAAGAGAUAUGGUUUCAUGGUAGCGUUAGUCGUGCUGAAGCAGAAUCUAUGUUGACAAGAGAUGGUGACUUUUUGGUUAGAGAAUCUCAAGGGUCCCCUGGCCAAUAUGUCCUUACGGGUAUGAAUAAUGGUACACCAAAACAUUUAUUGCUUAUCGAUCCCGAGGGCGUAGUACGCACAAAAGAUCGCGUUUUUGAUAGCGUAAGUCAUUUAGUAAAUCAUCAUUGCGACAAUGUAUUACCAAUUAUAUCAGCGGACAGCGUUUUAGUACUACGAUAUCCAAUUCCUAGACGUACAAAUAAUUGAUUUUUACAAAUUUAUGAUAGCCCCCAGAACAACAAGUAAAGUUUACAUUUCGUAUUAGUUGACUGCAUCAAUACUAAAGAUAACAAAAAGUUGAUGCCUAUCACAUAUGAUGCUUUCAAUAAUAAUUCAAAAAUCCGUCAAUCAAUACAAGUAACGAAUAUGAUUACAAUUUUAUGCAACGAGUACUUUACUUUUAAAUUCUAUUUAUGCUGAAGAAUAGUCGGUGAAGUUUUCCUGAAUAUUCUUACUGAAAUGAAGAGUCAUUAAUAUCUUAUGAAUAAAAAAGGUUAAUGAAUGUCAGCUUACUAUUGAUAAUAAUGUCAAAAUGCACAAAGAGAAAUUAUAUCAAUAAUUUUUCAAAUUAUUGCGACAAACUAAGAUUGGUCAAUGCAUAAAAUUUAUUUGAUAAUAUCGAUGCAUAUAAAUUGUUUUGGUAAACAAUUAUAUACAUGAAUGAUUUAUAAUUAUAAAAUACCAGUAUUUGCAUUAUUUUCUAUAUUUAAUUUAUCAAUUUUAAUUCUUUUUACUAUUUUAAAUAAUUUAUACGCAAUUUGAAAUCCAAAUUACUAACCUAGUACAUUUUUGAAUACAUCUAAACAUGUAGAAACUUCAAAUUAUUUAAAAAUCAUAUUUAGAACAUUUAAAUACUACAUUUGUUGGAUAUGCAAAGAAGUUUCUAAAAAAUGUAAUUAACAUUUUCUAUUCGGUAUAGAGUAAUAGUUUAAGCCAAAUAUCACUGUUUAAUUUGACUCGUAAGUACUACUUGCAUUUCUCAAAGUUAUUUACACACAUAAGUUUGAAAAUAUACUCUGUGACAUGCUGUGUUACAUAUUUUACUGAUUAUCUUAAAUUGCCCAAUUCUCAUAAAACACAGAUACUAGUUAUAAUAUGAUACUUUAAAAAUGAUGCACCUUUUAUGUGAAAUUGUUGCUCUUGGACAUUUAUAAAGAUGUUAUUUUACGAUACAUUUCCUUAUUUUUUAAAUAAUUUUUAGUGAUCUUAUAGUUAUGUCACAGAGUACCAAUUUUCAUAAGUGUUAUUAAUAUGUAGUACAUCUUAAAAUGUGCCACACUCUAGUAAUGGUUCAGUACUCAUUACUGAAUAGUAUAGAACUAUAUAUUUAAUUUUGUAUGUAAUUUGUACCAUGUAGAUCAUAACUUCACGCGAAAUGUUAUUGUAAUUUCAUUCAUUUCGUGUCGUAGCACUAUGAUUAACGUGCGAAAGAUAUACACCUAUAUAUUUUUACGAAUUUUGUAAUUUUCUCGCUGUAUAAUAUUUUGAUUCCAUGUUUACAAGAUAAUCUGCAUAUAUAAUCUCAAUUUUAAUAGAAUCGACAUAUUUCAUAUUGCUUUCUAUCCAAAAAUAAAUUAAUCAAAUCUAA